GUUGAGCUUUAGCCGCUAGUUGUGCUUGCAUCCUUUGAAAAAGAAAAAAACAACAAACCUGUCAAAUGGCUGCUGCUACGAACAGGACGGAAAAUAGUCAUCGUGAAAAAAUUCAAAAAGUUUUCAUUCAGCGUGAUUAUUCUGAAGGAACGCAAGUUAAGUUUCAGACUAAAUUUCCUCCAGAAUUAGAAGGCUUAAUCGACAGGCAUUUGUUUGAACAGACGAUCAACACCCUUAAUAGGAUAUACGCAGAAGCUGAGAAAACCAGCACCACGACAUUUUGCGAGAGCUGUUUGGCUUGUUUGACUUCCUAUGUGAUUUAUUUGUGUAUUGAAACUCAUUAUCAAAAGUGUUUGAAAAGAAUUGCUGCUUAUUUGGAUGACCAAAAUGAAACUGUUUAUCUUCCUCGAGGAUUGCUUAUCACCGAUCCCAUCGAACGAGGAUUACGAGUCAUUGAAAUUGCAAUUUUAGUAGAUUCAUCGAAUCGAGCGUGAUAAAAAGAC